CCCCAUUUGGUUAAAUAAACCUCCUCAAUGGCUUUGAAUACGGCGGCCACAAAGGACCCAAUACCCACACCACUCUGAACCUCUCUGCAACUCCUCCUUCUCCACCAAUGCAUUCCCCAGACCUCCAAAGACCUCACCUUUAAUGGCCGCCUUCCGCCACCUCUCUCUCACUCCCAAGCUCCCAACUUUCCCACUCCCCGCAACCCCCUUAGCAAAACCCAGGACCUUGAAGCUGAAGAUCACCUUCUGUUUGUCUCUACAGCAAUCCAAUGACCAAGCUCUCGCAACCCAAAACGCCGCCGUCGACAACCUCCGCGUGGUCUUCGCCGCAGGCGGCACCGGAGGCCACAUAUACCCGGCCGUUGCCAUAGCCGACGAGCUCCAACUCACAAAACCCUCCUCCAAAAUCCUCUUUUUGGGUUCACCCAACAGCAUGGAAAGCACCGCAAUACCCUCCGCCGGCUACGACUUCGACACCGUGCCCACCACCAAAUUACACCGCCCAAUAUUCUCCCCCCAGAACCUCCUCCUCCCCUACAAUUUGAUCAGGUCCGUCGUCCACAGCUACUCAAAAUUGCGCGAAUUCGGCCCCCUUGUCGUUAUCGGCACCGGCGGGUAUGUCUCCUUCUCUUUAGGCUUGGCGGCGAAGCUGAUUGGCGCCAAGCUUGUGAUCCAAGAACAGAACGGCGUUCCGGGAAUCGCCAAUUGGGUUCUGUCAUUUUUUGCAGAUGUUGUGUUUGUAGCUUACAAUUGCACCAUUGAUUGCUUCCCGAGUGGUAGGACUAAGUGUGUGGUUUGUGGGAAUCCGGUGAGGUUGUCCUUGAAGAAGCAAGUGCCUAAGGCGGCGGCAACAGGGCGGUUUUUUCCCAAGGCCGGCGGAGUUGGGGAGUUGGAGAAAGCUAAGGUUCUUUUGGUUCUUGGCGGGUCUUUGGGGGCUAAUGCUAUUAACAUUGCUUUGCUGAAUUUGUAUUAUCAGAUGCUGCUGGAGAAUGAUAACUUGUUUAUCAUAUGGCAAACAGGAGUGGAGGUUCACAAUGAAAUGGAGAGCCUUGUUAAGAAUCAUCCGCACUUGCUAUUGACGCCGUUCCUGCAUUCAAUGGAUUUGGCAUAUGCAGCAGCAGACCUUAUUGUUUCUAGAGCUGGUGCAAUGACUUGCUAUGAGAUUUUGGCAACUGGGAAGCCUUCCAUUCUGAUACCAUCACCAAAUGUUGCUGAAGGUCAUCAGUUCAGAAAUGCUUCUUUAAUGGCGGACUUAGCUGGUACAAGGGUUAUAACAGAAGAUGAACUUGAUUCAACAACUCUUGGGAGUGCAAUUGAAGAGAUAUUAGGGGACGAGAGUAAAAUGGCAGAGUUGUCCGAGAGGGCUUUGAAAGCUGCAAAUUCGAAUGCCUCUACAGAGAUUGUACAGCGUGUUCUUUCUCUAGUCAACUUGUCAACAACAAAAGAGAAGUAGAAUUUGUACUCAAUGCUUGGCAGGACAAGGCUUGAAAGCUGGUUCCUCCGUUUCAAAUUGUUGUAGUCGACGGAAGAUGAGUUAGCUUGUUAUAUGCGGAAGCUUUGAGUGUUUCGUAGGUAGAACUUGAGGUCGUGAAAUUGUCGAUGAAUGUAGUAGGCGGGCUAGGUUCCUAGAGUUUGUUUUUCACUUACUGCUUUAGCUUUACCUAAAUGAGUUGCCAAGUUGUUCCUUACCAUUGUUAGGCACUUCAUUUUCAUGCCUAAUUAGAAAGAGUAAUCCCACACGAAAGAGAUUACGAUGGUUGUAGCUACACUAGUUCUGUAACUAAUAAUGUGGAGUGUACUUUCUCUCCACAAUUUUAAUAAACCCUUCUGUUUUUCCUAUAAUUCAAGAGUGGGAAUUUCAAAGAGGUCUGUAUCUCA